UCUAAGAUCCCAGCAUUCCCUUUCUGCCGUCACCAAGAUGGCGGCGCCCGUGCUGCGUUGUUUUUCCCGGGGCAGGUGGUUCGGUACGCCUGGCUGGUUAGCAAUCUUACCCCUGGGGCUACGUAAGGCCCAUUCGGGCGGUCAGGGAUUGUUGGCAAUGCAGAAGAAACGGGGCCUGUUCAAGGAGUUCUUUCCGGACAGAGGUACGGAGAUAGAGCUCCCAGAACUCUUCGACCGUGGCACAGCGGGCAACUCCCUCCAGACUAUCUACUGCGGCUUCGACCCCACGGCCGAUUCGCUUCAUGUGGGGCAUCUGCUGGCGUUGCUGGGCCUAUUUCAUUUCCAGCGAGCGGGCCACAAUGUGAUCGCGGUGGUCGGAGGCGCCACAGCGCGCCUGGGGGACCCGAGCGGCCGCACUAAGGAACGCGAGGCGAUGGACGCCGAACGUGUGCAAACCAACGCACUCGCCCUGCGCCGAGGGCUGGAAUCACUUGCGGCUAAUCAUCAUCAGUUCUUCGCUGAUGGGCGGACAUGGGGCAGCUUCACAGUGUUGGAUAACUCGGCUUGGUACCAGAUGCAGCCGUUGGUGGACUUCCUAGCGACAGUGGGCGGCCACUUCCGCAUGGGCACGCUGCUUAGCCGGCAGAGCGUCCAGACCCGGCUUAAAAGCCCUGAGGGCAUGAGCUUGGCCGAAUUCUUAUACCAGGUGCUUCAGGCCUAUGACUUUUACUACCUGUUUCAGCAUUAUGGAUGCCGGGUCCAGCUGGGAGGAUCCGAUCAGCUGGGCAAUAUCGUGUCCGGAUAUGAGUUCAUCCACAAGUUGACUGGAGAAGACGUGUUUGGAAUCACUGUUCCUCUAAUUACAAGCACAACUGGAGCAAAGUUGGGAAAGUCAGCUGGCAAUGCUGUUUGGCUUAACAGAGAUAAGACAUCUCCAUUUGAAUUGUAUCAGUUCUUUGUCAGGCAGCAAGAUGAUUCUGUAGAAAGGUACCUGAAGCUCUUCACUUUUCUGCCCCUUUCAGAGAUUAACCACAUAAUGCAGCUGCAUGUCAAAGAGCCAGAAAAGCGGGGUCCUCAGAAGCGGCUUGCCGCAGAAGUAACAAAGCUUGUUCAUGGGAGAGAAGGGCUAGAAUCUGCUAAAAGGUGUACACAAGCCCUUUAUCAUAAUAGCAUAGAUGCACUGGAGGUCAUGUCUGAUGAAGAGUUAAAAGAGUUGUUCAAAGAAGCUUCAUUUUCUGAAUUAGUUCUUGACCCUGGAACAAGUGUGCUAGAUACUUGCCGCAAAGCAAAUGCAAUUCCAGAUGGUCCCCGAGGAAUGUGCGGAAAUUUUAAGUGCCAAUAAAAACAGGAUGACUCAUUAAAGCACAAGGAAAACAGAACAGCCAUUCAACUGAAUUUCUUCAAAAUAAUCUCAAAUACUGUUGAGGUAUGUGUGAUCGCUCUGAAAAUUUUUAUGAACUCUGUCUCCAAACAUAAUUUAUAUAUUUCUCAAGUUGGUUUAUAUUACUAACGGUCAACCAAAAUACCAUAGGGUAAAAGAAAGUUUUUAAUUAAAAAAAAACUACACUCAACUAUUCUGAGGCUGUCAAGUUAAGCUGCCUAGAAUGUGUACUGUGACAUAAACAACAAAUUCCCUCAUUACGUCAGUUUUUAGUAUUCUGAAUUGAAACACUGGACAAAAUUUGUCUACUACGUUAGUUAAGGUGAGCUACAUCUAAAUAUAUAAUAUAAAUAUUAUAACGUAUAAUACCAUACAUUGAUUUAAAAAUGAGUAUUUUAAGUGCAUGUUAACUAUACAUGAAUGACAUAACAAAUGAAAUCUUAAGGAAAGUGAACACAUUCAGUAUGAUGUCAUAAGUGAAAUAAAACUUCUACAACCAUUUAGAUGCUCCCCUUAAGCUCUGAGGACAGUGGGCUGAGAGAUGAUAAGACAUAGAUAAAGCUUAUUUGAGGUUCAGUACCUUAAAUCUGGACAAAACAUAAAAGAGCUAAAUGGUAGAAAAACUAGAAAUAAUGAUGGGUCCGAAUAUUUUACAUAAUAUUCUCUUCUAAAAAAGGUUAUCAAGAACUGACAAUGAUAGUCACAAACUCUCACAAUCCCCGUUUGCUUUGAAUUUGCUUAAGCUGUUGAAGCACAUGUUAAGCAAUAUAUUUAGGGUGACAAGUGCAAACUAAAUAGAAGCCUAAGAAAAAAGCAUUAAAGGAUUAUCUGUUAGUACUGGACAGAUCUCAGAACCUUUGAAAAGGAAAAGUCCAAAAGUACAGUUUCCAUCUCUGAAAUCUUAAUUACCUACCAAAAUAUUAAAUUCAAGACUAUUCUGGGAGGUGAUAGAAAACAGUGGAAAAGCCUGUUAUUGUUAUUAAUAAACAAUGUUAAAACUAGAGUUAAUGCCAUCUUAGAGAAGUUAGACUAAAGGAACAUUAAGAAUGUAAGACAGACGAGAUAUAGAUGCCACUGUACAAACAGGUUCUUCAAUGGUUUUGAAGACAGUGUUUCAGUGAGAAUCAGAGGUACCAACAUUUCCACUCUGAAGAAAGAGACUCACAUUUUUAGUUUCUCUUCUGCUGUCCUGAAUUAACUGUUAAAAGAUACGUUAAAACAUGCAAUUUAACAAGCAAAAUUUAAAUAUUAUUGCCUUGAUUCAAAAGGUGUAGGAUAAUUUCCUCUUUAAAUUAACUUUUUCUGUGUGCAUCUUCCAUAUUGCAAGCAAAAGCAUGUCAAUAAUAGUUUAUUUUAUGAAAUGACUGUUAUAUAAUUUUAAAUUUUCCAUUAAGCUGAAGUUUUUAAGAAUGUGUAUUAGGUAUCUGACCUUAGCAUAAUAUCACACAUUAAUACCCUGCUAUUCUAUAUACUGUUUCCAGACAAUUAUGUUGCACCAAACAGCUAGUCAUGCAGGCUUAGAUGAAGAAUCAGAACAGACCUUGCCA